AAUGGGCACUGCUCUAACGUUGAGCUAAUCUUGCUGCUACACCAUGCCUGUCGUCAAUAGGCUGAGCCCACUUCUGUGGGCUACAUUCCUUGGAUUCGGUCUUCUAGCGCUUUCAGAUGAAAAACCAUGCACUUUGCAUCAUGAAGGCAAAUACUACGACCUGAAUCCCUUGAAAGCUAGUAAAGACUACGAUUUUGAGACUUCCGGUGGACAUCAUUUCUACCUGAAUGUUUGUCGACCCGUGUCCACUGAGCCCUGGAGCCCUGAUGUUCCCGACAAUGUUGAUAUCGCUGGUCUAGUACGGAAAGACCACCACGACUUUGCCAUAGGGCUUGUGAAUACGACCCUAGAGAUGAGGGGCACGGGGCUAAUGUUGCAUCUAUCCAAUGGUUCACCUUGCCCUGGGAAAGACAAUUUAUAUGGGAGCUCAUCCGUCAGGUUUCUCUGUGACACAUCGGUCUAUGGAGCUGGCAAACCAGUGGUAAUCUCGCAGUUUCCGGAAGAUGACGAUCAAGCAUGCCAAUACACGGUCGAGUGGCGGACACAUUUUGCUUGUCCCACAGGCGAAAGGGGCAUUUUCUCGGGGAUAAUUGUGUUCUUGGUGAUAAUCAUGAUGAUUCUUCUCAUGCUCUUCGUUGUGUCCAGCACACUGUAUAACCGGUUUGUCCUGAGCAAACGUGGUUUUGAUCAAGUGGCCCGGUUUUCCAAAGCUCACCUCCUUGAACUCGUGGACUUUUGCAUGGAGCUCUUCCAGUCUGCAGUGGACAUCGUUCGCUCGAGAUGGGCAAGAUCGACUAGGGACCUCAACACUGCAUCCCACCACUGGUCAUCGAGGGAUGAGGAGCGGGCGAUGAUGGUCGCUGAUCCACUUGAAGAUGACCAUGAUCGUGAACUGCAAGAUACUAAUGCGUGGAGAGAUAGUGCUGUGGAUGGGCCGCAGGGUGCGGAUGAUUCGGGAACUAUACCAUCAUGAUUGGACAUGUGUACCUUACACGCUGUAUCUUUAGGACGGAACAUAUCGAUGAUUAUGCAAAACAUAUAUUCCCUAUCAGCAGUGCUCCGGACCUUGUGCUUUCAGGCAAUUCGUUAGAAGGACUAUCAAGCGCGUUUAAGCGAAACCACAGUCCUGGUUUGCAAUGCCCGGAAAAAGAGCCUCAUAACCAGGUUAUGUUGCUGUCCAGUGAUGAUUGGUAUGUGCGGUCGACCCCCC